UUCAGAUUUCUGAUAGGCUGUAGCCUGGGCAGUGGCACUGGAACACUUUUAAAAGUGGGAGUGCUGAAAGCCAGCUCCCUUGCCCCGAUCUGCGCCUCCCACCCCAGCUGGGGCCGGGAGCAGUGUCGUGUCUCGGGGAGGUCGGACAGAGCCAGUCCAGAGAACUGCAGUUUACUGUGGAGCCUGAAGAGGGGUUUGCUCAGCUCUGGAGAGCCUUGGCUAGAAGAGAAACUGCCUGCUCACUCACCUCCCUCAACUAACUUCCGGUGAUGUCAGCCUGGAGGAAGUAGCAGUUUGGGUACAAGUCAGUCAGACUGAAUGGAGUAAACAGAGAGAAACUCAACGAGGUGUGACAGGGUGGGUAUAUUGCGUGACCCCAAGGAUGGUCCGGAUUUUGGCCAACGGAGAUAUUGUACAGGAUGAUGACCCCCGGGUGAGAGCAAAUGCUCAGCACAGGGAGAACACCUCCCGGCAGGAGUUUUUCAAUGAGGUGCCUAAUGCAGGCCGUGCUCCACCGCAGCAGCAGGCUGCCAGGCCGGGGGGGCGCUCUCCGUUUUCGGAACUGAACCAGCAGCUAGUGAACAUGGGAUUCCCCCUCUGGAGCCUCGGUAACCAGGUGGUGGAGCCGGUGAUGUCCAUCCUGCUGCUUUUCCUCCUCAUGAUGGUGGGCGUGCGUGGCCUUCUGUUGGUGGGCCUUAUCUACGUGGUCUCACACCUGAGCCAGCGGUGACCGUGCCCUCACACUGGCCACCACUGCUUCCUGCUUGGUGAAAGAAAGACCAGGUUUCCUUGUCAGGUGUGGGUAUGUUUGUGAGUGUGCCUCCCACUGAGAGAGAGAGAGAGUGUGUGUGUGUGUGUGUGUGUGUGUGCAGGUGCAUAGCUGUGUAUCCUGAAAGUAUCUGUGUGUAGCGCUCAAGGGGAAUUGAAGUGUGGAGUUGGGAUGCCCAAGGGCACAAUCCCCAGGUGUAGCAUUUUUUUUCUCACAUUAAGUUGCUCCUUUCUGAGGGUUGCCCAAGUGAGGCUUGGCUUGCCCAGGAGCUUCAGCCACCGGCUAGAGAGGUCAUGCCAGAAGCCCAAACUUUGGUGCAGCUAUAGAAAGGGUCUGGCAUGUCAUGUUGUGUCAUCCAGCACUUAUCAGAUACAGUGCCUAGACCUGAGGGGAACUGAAAUGGGAGCUUAGUUUACAUCUGCAGGUGUGUAGGGCAGUAGGGGUCUCCGAGGAGUAAUAAAACAAACAUGCAUGAAUGUGAGACAAUUUGAAAAUGGCCUGGAGAAGGCAGGGUUUGCUUUGUAAUUCCAAUCAGAUUUUAGAGGUGUAUUGGAAGGGAAGUUUAAAUUAAAAGGAGAAGAGAUAUUGACGGGUUUGAACUGACAGCACAGUAUAUGCUACAUCUUAAACAUAUAGUAUUGGAGGGCUAUUAUAAGGGGCUGAAGGGGGAUAUUAAAAUAGAAAGUGGGAAGACCAGAAAGGAGUUUGAAGAAGAUUAAAACAGGGAAGAAGAAAAGUGUCUGUAAAACAGGUGAUGUCACCUGUGUUUUUGUCUUGCCUGGGUUGUCCGGGAUAUUUGUGUUUGAACAAGAACUUGCUCUGGGACGUUGUCACCGUGGGUGAUACCUUAUACCUGCUGCAAUGGGAAUGAUUCCAACAUUGAGUAACUGGGGAAGUUGGGCUUGGAAAUGUGUGGAUGGAGGAACCAAUUUUUAAACAAUACAGUCCUUGAUAAUUUGCAGAAGUGGAAAUGAAACAUAUCUGCUAAAAACAUGUAAGAGCAGGGUUGUAUUAGGUCUGGUGUGUUUUAAAGCUUUCUUCAAUCCCUCUUUAAGGCCAAGAAACAUAAGAACUUUCAUCUUGAUGAGCUGAGAAUCAGUGAGCAAUAUCUCUCCUCUGUCUUAUAAAUAGGAUUGGGCCUCAGCAAAAACAGCAGAUCCAGACUUCGGGGGAAGUUCACAUCCCGAUCUGGAUCCAUACUUCAUGCCUGUCACUAUAGUGGGCCAAACCAGACCACAGAAUUUAAAUUACCCUGCCCCUCCCCCACAAAUUUGUGGAAGUUUGGAUUCAGGUCCAAAUACAGAUCUGAAUUGUGACUUGGGACCAUAUUGGCUUAUAUCAGCUUUAGUGUGUGUGUGCAUAUGUGUGUGCGUGUGUUGGGGUGGAGAAGCCUUACUGAACACUUGUGUAGCAUGCAUGGACAAAGUGGUUCUUGUUUUUGUUCAAUAAACUGAGUGAAGGAAAUUGUGCAUCACAAAUUGACUGUAAAUUUUUGCCUUCCCCAGUGGAGUAUAAAAAUGCCAAGAGCAACACCUCAAAUUCUCCUCUGGUUCCUGUGAUAACGAGAACCUUCUGCUAAAACAACAAGGAGAAAAAAACCUGUAACAUGACGUUUUAUUAUAAAAUUGAAAUUGUUCUGAGAUACUAGUACAUAAAUCUCUUUCCAAACUG